ACUGUAACUCGAUAAGGUAACCUCAUCAUCUUCAAACAAAACUAGAGAAAGAGAGGGCAGAGGCAGUGAAGAAAAAUUGGAGAAUGGCUUCGAUGACAGUGCUAUCAUCGUACUCCUCACCUGGGCUUUCAUGUGUAGGAGUAGGAGGGAGACAAACUUGUAUUCCUUCAGCUUCACUCACAUUCCUUGCCGGGUCAAGUUCAACAACUAGGACCUCAGUCAGAGUGUCCCAUAAUUCCUCCUCUCAUUCUGGGCUUCUUCACUGCUCCUUUCUACCCUCCUGCUCCCCCUCUUUCCCUUCUUCCUUCUCAGGUUUAUCUUUGGGUUUGGAUUUGAUUCCCAAUAUUGGGGUCAGAAGAGUGAGACGCCACAGCCUUGUUGUGAGGGCUGGGAAGUAUGCUCUUUGUCAGACAAAGAGGAACAGGUCACGUAAGUCUCUAGCUCGUACUCAUGGCUUCCGUAGACGGAUGAGAACCACCAGUGGUAGAGCAGUUUUGAAGCGCAGACGUGCCAAGGGACGGAAGGUCCUCUGCACAAAGUCCAAUCCCAACAGUGGGAAGUGAGCCUAACUGUUUCUCUUUCCGAUUCAGUUUUAGUAGGUAAAUGAGAUGAUAUGCAAUGGUGUCUAGUAGUUCAUACAUGUGGACUUGGUCAAAUUUCAAGCUUAUAUGUAAUGAUGCCUAUUGUAAUUUCUCAUUUGUAAAAUUUGUUGUAACUGGAAUCAUUUUCUUUGUCAUCAUUGUCUUCUCCUGUUA